AUGCAGAAGAUCAACAUAUUUCCCUUCAAGAGAGAACCUAGAGAAGGUGAUCUCUUUACUCGCCCUCCCACUAAGCUGCCACAGCUGGAAAUGCAUCCUGCGAGAGGAAGAGCAUCCACCAUAGCUAAUAAGGCAGCAGGAACUGUAGUCUGUGUCAGUAUGAGAAAAAGAAGGAAUGCUGUUGUUGGUGUGUUUGUCAGGAAGCAGGGAGGGAGCGAGCAGCAGGGCUGCCAAGUGUCUGCUAGAGGGAGCCACAGGCAACCAGAGCCUGAUCUCUCCACCAGCAUAGUACAAUUUCGCCAUAGCACGCCUGUAUAGUUUCCCAUCUGAAGCUCUCAACCAACGCUAGAACACACACAUACAUAGCUGAUUAUAAAUACUGUAGUUCUGGCCUUGCUUACACUUCCAUUUGAGACUUUAUUUGUAUCGUUCUCAUUAGCUCUUCAUUGUCUUAUAAAAGGGAAUUAGGCGAUUUCGUGGAGGAAGAUAGAUCAGUUCCAGACCCUCCAAGUGCUCCUAUUUUCCAGGGACAGUCCCGGAUUUACAGAAGCCAUCCCAGUUUCUGAUUUGAUCCUGGGAUGUCCCACUUUUCCUUAGGAUGUAUCUAUUUUGGCUGGGUCGGGCUGAUAUUGGAUGGGGGGGCCAACUCCCAUCUCUUGCAGGGGCGCAAUUAGUGCCAGCACCGUCCGUUAAGAGUUUGCGUGUAAUUUUCGACACUUCCCUUUCCAUGGAGACGCAGAUUGCAGCUAUAACAAAGGCAGCAUUUUUUCAUCUCUGCCAAGCUAAGCAGUUGGCUCCUUACCUCUCUCGCCCUGACCUAGCCACUGUGAUCCACGCGACGGUCACCUCCAGGCUGGAUUAUUGUAACUCACUCUACGUGGGGCUGUCCUUGAGACUGACCCAGAAACUCCAGUGGGUACAAAAUGCCACGGCGAGACUCCUUAUGGGGUCCUCGCUGCAGGAUCACAUUCACCCAGUGCUAUACCAGCUGCACUGGCUCCUGAUGGAGUACAGGAUCAGGUUUAAGGUGCUGGUUUUAACCUUUAAAGCCCUAUACAGCCUAGGACCCUCGUACCUACGGGACCGCCUCUCCUGGUAUGUCCCAUGGAGGACCUUACGGUCUUCAAACAAAAACAUAUUGGAGGUCCCAGGCCACAGGGAGGUUAGGCUGGCCUCAACCAGAGCCAGGGCUUUUUUGGCUGUGGCUCCGAUCUGGUGGAACGCUCUGUCACAAAAGACUAGGGCCCUGCAGGACAUCUUUCCACAGGGCCUGCAAGACAGAGCUGUUCCACCAGGCCUUUGGCCAAGGCACAGCCUGACCCCCCUCCUUUGGUAAUCCUCACAGAACUCUAGCCCAAUGGUUGCCAUUAAUUUGAUUUGAACUGAUUUUAUAAUGAAUUGAUUUUAGAAUGCUAUAUUAUUUUACUGUUUUUAGGAGGGCGGGAUAUCAAUAAAUAAAUAAAUAAUUUUCAGCGGAGAAAUUUUGGAGGGUAUGGAGUUAUGUGACCCCGGAGAUAAGUAACUAUACAACCUUUAGAAGACAUCAGAAGGAAGUACAGUGGUAUCUCGGGUUAAGUACUUAAUUCGUUCCGGAGGUCUGUUCUUAAGAGGAAACUGUUCUUAACCUGAAGCACCACUUUAGCUAAUGGGGCCUCCUGCUGCCGCCGCCGCUGCUGCACAAUUUCUGUUCUCAUCCUAAAGCAAAGUUCUUAACCCAAGGUACUAUUUCUGGGUUAGCGGAGUCUGUAACCUGAAGCAUAUGUAACCCGAGGUACCACUGUAUAGGCAAGUUCUUUUUAAUGUUUAAUUCUUUAUUGUUUUUAUAUAUGUUGGAAGCUGCCCAGAGUAGCUGGGGCAACCCAGUCAGAUGAGUGGGGUAUAAACAAUAAAAUAAAAUAAUAAAAUGGGGGUUGGACUAGAUGACCCUCAAGGUCCCUUCCAACUCAACAAUUCUAUGAUUCUAAGCACAAGGGAAGCCCCACAGAGUUUCGUUUUUGUUUGUUACCAUGUUGUGUAUUUUUUGUGUUUUUAUAUUGUAAACUACCCUGUGAUUCUCAGGUGAAGGGCAGUGUAAAAAAUUUAUAAACAAAUAAAAAUAAUGCAAGUAACCAAUGCAUGGAUUACUGUGGCCAGAAUGUAAAUAUAUACAUAUAUAAGCACCCCCACCCAGUCUCAUUUCUCCCACAGGAGAUGUCUAUGUUCCCUAAAAUGAUAUUAAUAAAAAUAUUUUUUCUUAUACUGUAUUUAUAUUAUUAAUGCAUUAUUUCUGAGUAGUAGCCGCACCAGCAGGAUUUCCUGAGCCCCUCCUGCCCCCUCUCUUGCCAAGUCCUUUGCCCCGCCCACUCCCCCCACGCAAAAAAAUGGGGCGGGCAAAAGUCUUCCCCUUUUUCAACUCUCCCCCGCUGCCAACCACCCACUGACUCCACCGCUCACCCUGCCUUCUGACCAAUCAGCGAGCGGGUGACAAAUAUGCAAAUACAACCUCCCUCCUCUCUUACCUUAUACCACCCGUAACCAACCACCACCUCCCAACCGCCAACAGACAUACACGCGAGCCCUCCUCCCCCGAAAAAAGAAGAAGAAGAAGAAUUAAGUGUCCCCUCCCCGGGUUGGCUGGGGUCGCGGAGCAGGCGGUUGGCGGCGCGCGCGCGGCUUCCCUCUCCCUCUCUGCCCCUGUCACUUCCCCUAGUGAGAGGGAAGGCGCGCGCGAACUAGAGAGAGAGAGAGAGUCCGUGAGGAGAGAGGAGAGGGAGGGAGGGGGAGCGGGAGGCGAGGGCGGCUCCGCCAAUAGGCUAUUGGCGGGCGACGACGAGAAAGGGAAAGGGGAGGGGACGGGGGAGUCUCGGGGUGAGCAGGGAGAGGGCGGGGGCAGGGAGCGAAUCACGCCGCGUCGCGCCCCGCCCCCCUUUCCCCUCAGCCACCGCCGCCGCCGCGCCACCUCCUUGCCUCAGGCAGGGCCUUUGCCAGCCUGCCAGCCACCCGCCCUCCUCCUCAGGCUCAGCCACCGCCACCGGGUAAGCGCUUCCUUCUCUUGCCCUCCCUCAGGCAAGGAGGCGCUGAGGGAAGGAGAAAGCCCGGGUGGGCGGGAAAAAUUAGGCGGGGUGGGUGGUGGUGGUGGGGUGGGGUGGGAGAGAAAUGGGGGGAUUCCCUGAGGAAGAGGGGAGUGGCCGCCUCCUCGCCCACUGCUGCCGCCGCCACCGCCUUCUCCCUUGUGCCACCCUUAACCACAUGGAGGAGGAGGACCGCGAGUCCUCUCAGGCGGUGGCCGCCGCCGGGGUCGAGCUGUCAAGCCGAGGCGGGCGUGGGGCAUCGCCUCAGACGCCACCUCUUUCACACGCGCGCGCGCGCAAAAGGGAGAGAGAGGGCGAGGGAGGCUGCCCUGGCGGGCUUGGUGAGUACGUGAGAAGCCGAGGGCCUGCCGUGCCUUGCCCUUCCGACACGCACACCCUCACCCUCAUCCAUCUCCAGGGACCGACGCGGCCAGCCUGAGCCCUCUUGCUGCUCCCACUCUGCGUUCACACGAGGAGGAGGAAAGGCGCAGCUUGGGCCUUGCUGCUGCUGCCGCCGCCGCCGCCGCCUCUCUGUCACACCUUCUCUAGCUGUCUUUCCCUCGCUCUCUCUUCCACCUCUUUCUUUCCCCGCGUCCUUUCUUUGCUCUUCCCUCCUACCAACCCCCUUCUGCCUUCAGUGCUUUCUUCCUUCACCAGUUUUUAGCCCAAGACUGUUUAGGGAAGGAAGUCCUUUUACUUGUUGGAAGUGGGGGGGGGGGAUUAAUGAGCAAUGAUUGCAACCCUCUUAUGCCACACAGACUCUCCAUUCUUCUUUGAGUUAUCCCUGGCUUUACCUCCAUAUAUAUAUAGUCAGGUGUAUAUUGCCUACAGCAUACCUAUAUAGUGCCAUAUAGUGCUAUUAUAGCAGUAUCCCUCUGAAUACCAGUUGCUGGGGAUUAGGAGCUGGAAAAUGUUAUUGCCCUUAUGUGCUGCUUGUGGGCUUCCUGUGGCCACCAUGAGAACAGAGUGCUGGACUAGAUGCAAGGCUAAAUAAGGCCUAAAUAAGGCCUCCGGUCUGUUCCAUCAGGGCACUUCUUACCAGUGUAUAGGGUAGUAAUGACAAAAGAAAAAUAUCCAGUUGCACCUUAGAGACCAACUGGAAGGAUUUUUUAAAUUUUGUUUCGACUACAGCUACCUACCUGUAACUAGGGUAGUAAUGAGCACAGAUCACCACCCACCCAAUAUAUAUAUGUGUGUGUGUGUACACAUAGGGGGUGUAAAUGGUGGGCAUGUGCUUCACAUCAAAUUUGGUGAGGUGCUUUUUUUCCUGAAGUGGGUGUCACAGAACGUCCAAGUUAAAAGGUAGAAUGCCACUAAAUCACAGCUGCUGGGAGAGAGAGAGGGCUGUUACUUUAAUGCCCUGUUUGUGGACCUUUUGGAGGAAUCUGAUUAGCCACUGGGAAACAGGUGCUGAUCUAGAUGGGCUACUUUAAUGUUUCUGCAGGGAUAUGUUUUGCAUGGUGAGGAGGUCAUUAGGGUGGUUUGAAGUAGCUUUUUAAUCACCACCCCACUUUCCAACAGGUUUGAGAGCAAGGUAUACUUCUCUGUUGGCCUUGGAUGUAGUUGGCUGCCUGCUACAUUGGUUGGCAAACAUUGUCCACUGGUCAUAUCUCCAGAUCAGAAAGUCGUAUAUGCAUUUUACAUACUCUCACAUGGUCUUUGGUGCCACCUUCUACUACUGGUAAAUUGGCAACUCUUCUCUAUAAAAUGUAUUUACUAUCUUCUGCUUGUCAGGAACUGGUUGUCACCUGGUACUCCAGUCUCUAACACAAGACCCACUUCCAAGAACCCAUGCAGUCAAGAGGAGGGGCUGACUGAUAAAGGGGCAGAGCUCAUGCUUAAGGGUUGAAGCCAUGCACCCCAGGAGGAAAUGGAAUGUUAAGGAAAAUGCUGUGUUUAAGGUGUGCUUUUUCUUGUGCUUUUGAAUCCUCUGCCACCAAGCAGCUUCACUUUACACAUUGUGCUCCAUGACCUGUUCACCUACCUUCUUCCUUGCCAACCCAGCACUUUGAUGUCAUUGUACAAAGGAGGAGACAAGCACCUGGAGAGCCUCUGCCCAGUCCUGGUGGGAUAUGCAGCUAUUGCUACCCCCAUUCUCCUGUCUCUCAUGACUUGGAGCCAAGCAUAGGGAUAUGGGGAUACAGCAUCAGAACAAAUGGGAAGAGCCCUUUGGGCAUGUACAUUGUGCCACACUCAGGCUUGCACUGUGCGAAGGGACAGUAGAGCUGCAGAGGGAGACACAGCUACCAAAUAUACCCAUGGAGUUACAUUUUAGCUUAAAAGUGGUCACUCUCUCUUACAUCUCUUUUCCUUCUGAGUGUGUGCUGUUCCACCCACUGUAUUCUCCCUGCAGACAAAUAAUUGAAGGAGGAACAGCUUUUCAGUAGUGCAUGCUCCAAGCAGGAGGAGGCUGCUUCUCUUCACAAAACAAAACAGCAGUGGCAUCUCUGCCAGGACCAUCCUGAGAUUGGACCUCCAGCCCUGAGCCACCUGUUGAGGGCCAGUGUGCUAUUGUAAUAGAAAGGUGGUCAAAAGGUGGAAAAGUUACUUACAGCUUGCUGGAAAGUUGGGAUAAAUGCAUGUUGAUUUCAGUUGGGGGGGGGGGGACCAGAAGUGUAGAAAUUUAGUAUUGGAUCACAAUGUAGCAAGUAGAGUUGAGACCAGUGUGGUUGGGAAUGUUAACAAAAAGUUAGAAGAAACUUAUCAGAAUGAAAGUAGCAGCCCCAGUGCUCAUUUUUAUUUUGAGAAUUGUACUGGAAUUGCUUUAGCACUAGAUGGUAGAAGUAGUGCAAGUAAAUGAGUGCAUAAUAACCUUUGGCUAAAAUCGUGUAAAAACAUAUUAAUUUAUAUAUUCUUUAACAGUGCUUUACCAUAUUUUUAUUGAAUAUGACCAUAGUCUGAUAAGAUUGGAUCAUUAUUUUUACAGAUGGGGAAAGCUGGUGUAACCUGGCAUUUCUGAACUGAAAUUUGAAUUCAGGCCCAGGUGCAGCACACUGCUCCAUGAAUCAUCUAAUCAGAUAAAAAGUUGAGGGAGUAUGUGGGAGUAAAGUGUAAUAACAUACUGUUUGGAUGGCACUGUCUUCUGCUAAUGAGGAAGCAGGGAUAAUGAAGUUGCUUAUGCCAUUUGAUAAAGGUCUGUUAUGUAGACCAAAUAAAAGGAUGAGGUAUAUACUCUUCAUCAUAUAGACAUUUCUGUUGAUGGAGGUUAUUUAAUUGGAGUAAUGUAGGGAUUCCAGACUGUAAUCCUCAUGUGCUAGAUACUGACAAAAUUUAAAGGGCUUGGAAUGUGAGUGGUUUUCCAUCUGUAGCAUUAGUGUAGUGAAAGUAAAAGUAGUUGGCUGGUAUCUAUUGGCCAAUAUUUGAAAAGUCUGAAAGUUGAUUGUCCUUGAGAAAGGUUGGUGAAUAUUGAAUAAAUUUUCUAGAGAUUCAAAAUCCAGGGCAGUCAUGUUUAUCUUUCCCAAGAACCUUCUUGUAUUGCUGCUUUGUAGCUCCACCUGUUGCCUCGUGUCUUUUUCUUAAUUAUCUUAGGUUAUAGGGUUUACGGACAGUUAAACAUUGAUAUUUCUGACACUAUGUCUUGUAUGUUUUCUUUAAGCGGUAGAUUAAACUUUUGCAUGUGGUUACAAUACCACAAAUAAUAUCUCAAUCAGAUGCAUCCAUAGGAACAUCUUAUCCAGAAGAGGGACUGGAAUUUUCCUUCUGGUCAGCAUGUAGCUGCUUCCAAUAAUAACCACAUUGAUACUGAUAUUCUUUCUCAUUUUAAAUAUGUGGAAAGUACAGAAAUGAUCAUUCUCAUGAAAUUAAUAGGGAAUGAAAAUACACAUUGACAAAAACUCUGUUUAGAAACUUAGUUUGUGACUAUUGGCCUGCCAUUUGUAUUGAUAUCUCAUAAAUGAAAGAACUAUCAGUAGUGUAUAUUGCAUGUUGUUACAUUAAUGCUUGGUAUAGAAAGGAAAACUAGACAGAUUCACACAUUUUUGAAAUAUAUAUUGUGUUCAGUAGCUUUUUUGUACAAAAUAGUGUAAUAGACUGUUUUAUUGCUAUUAAUCAAUAUAGAAGUGAGACUUUGCAACUAAAGGGCCUCCCUGUGCUAUAAGAGGAGUUCUUCUGUUCAGUGUGCCAUUGAACCUCAAAUAGGAACCUUGUAGUUCAGGUCUCUCAAGGGUGGAUGAUUUUCUUUCAGUCAAACCUCAGCAUUUCAUUGCUAUAUGGGUGGUAGGGUUUUGUAGAGUGGAAAAGGGAAUACAUGUCAUUUCCCUAUUUCCUGCCCUCUCCAAGAUACCUGCAAUAAGCUGUCAGGGGCUUGAGCAGGCUAGUUUCUUCUCCUGCCCUUCAGUCCCCCUUGCCCCACCCCCCACCUAGCCCAUAGUCAACUGAAACCCUAAUACUUAAGUGUCUCUAUCUGCCAUAGACUUUACUGAAACUCACAUAUUUUGCUUGGCCUCUGCUUUCAGUUCAGACUCUCUUCUCCCCCUGGACAGAAAUAAGAGCUGCCUAUAGAAAGCAGUGGUGAAAUCUAGGAUUUUUGGGCAGCAUUAUGUGUCUGCUUUCUCCAAACAAAUAAAAUGUGGUAGCCAAGACAGGAAUUCCUAUGUUUGCCAUAUAGUGUGAACCUGGAAGUUCCAUCUGCAGACAAGGAACUGACUUACUCUAGUAUUUCUAAUACAGUGGUACCUCGGGUUACAUACGCUUCAGGUUACAGACUCCACUAACCCAGAAAUAUUACUUCGGGUUAAGAACUUUGCUUCAGGAUGAGAACAGAAAUCGUGCAACGGCAGCUCAGCAGCAGCUGGAGGCCCCAUUAGCUAAAGUGGUGCUUCAGGUUAAGAACAGUUUCAGUUUAAGAACGGACCUCCAGAACGAAUUAACUCUUAACCCAAGGUACCACUGUAUAAAUAGGCCAAGCUAUCAUCAAAAUACUGUACCUGAAAGCUCAUGGGUUCUUGUUGGUCAGGUUUGGGUAGUUGUUGUUGAUUUAAAACAUUAUUUUAAUUUAUAUUUGCAAAUUUGCAACGGGAGCUCACCCUGUCAUGGGGAUUCAAACCACCGACUUUCUGAUCCGCAGAAGAGGCUCAGUGGUUUACACCACAGCACUAAUUGGGAGGGGAAGGCUAUUGCUUGAACUCAGAGUUUGUAGAAUAUUUAUUUUUCUGAUACCUGAAAAAAUUGAAGAAAGAAAACUUGAUAUAAGGAGUACUGUAUUUCUGUGAUGUAAUUAUGUUUAGGUUCAAGUCUUAGGAUUGCACCCUUAGGGAAUCUGCCCUUUGAUGUAAGGGUUCUUCUUAAUAAAAGUCUGUUCAUGUUUUGUAAAGUAAGUAGCACACUGCACAUGCUAUUUUAAAUACACAAAAUUUCAAUGGCUUUCCUUUCAUUGCUUGUUAUGAAAUACUUCCAUCUCUAUAUCCCUGUUUUGUAAAAGGUCUUAAGAAAACAUAUCUGUUUUUUAGACCUUGGGUCAGAUUGUAUAGAAGACAGAUGAGUGCCAACAAUUUCUCAGUCUCUUAGGAGUUGGAUGGCAUUAUGUUUUCCUCUUUUUAAAAAAGCUUUUUUUUCUCAAGUGACAGAUGUUUGAAUACAAGAAUUCUGAGUGAUUUCUUAAGGGUUUAUCAACUGACUUGGUUUUGGAAUCAAAGUUGAAGUGAGUGUAGAGCCUGCCAUUUCCCCCCAUCCAGGAGUCAGAUUAAAAUCUCCCCUGACUAUCCACAACAGAAGCCUAAAUUUUCUGUUGGUGGCAGUAAUUCUAGGAUACUUUGCUAAUGGUCAGUUCAUGUGCACUUGAAAAAAUACUUGGUAGGUGGAAAUAAUUUGAACCAUUGGAAACCUUUACCUAGCAUUCUUAUUGUGUGUUAGAAUAUUAGUCUCCAACUUGUUUAGCUUUUCUGUAGCUAAUUUUGCAUUGGGGGUAACAUUCAUGCUGAAGAACCAGUACUCACUGGCUUAAAAUGUAAAUUGUAACUAAUUAUACCAUAAGCAACAUGUUAAAUAAAUGCAUCUCCUAUUCCACUUGGAAACUUUACAUUUAAGUGUGGUAAGAAAAUGAUUUUAUAGCCUGUAUGUAAUUAGCAUGUAGUAUAUAAUGAGUGAAUGUGUCUGGUUUGGAAGUAACAGGGAGGAAACAUACAUGAGGAAUAGCUCAGUUGGUAGAGUGUGAGACUCUUAAUCUCAGUGUCUUGGGUUCAAGCCCCACAUUGGGAGAAAAUUCUUGCAUUGCAGGGGGUUGAACUAGAUGAUCCUCAUGGUCCCAAGGUCUAGGAUUCUAUAUCUAAACGAUUUAAAACUCAAAUGGAUUACAGGGCUAAACUGCCCACGCAGCAGAUGCCAUUAGGGCCAAUUAUAAUUUCCCCCAAAUAUUCCAGUUGUAAAAUCAUCAUCAGUGAUUCAUUUUAUUCCACAAUAAAUUGAAUAUUGACAUGUUCCUCCCCCCCCCCCCCAUAAUUUGGGAAAAGUUGACUAGGAAAAAAUGUAGACUCUCUUACUGUUUAUCUUAACUGCCAGAUAAGUAGAAUGUGAGUGAAUCAGGAAGAAUGUUUCUUUGCUACAACAGCUUCCAAACUGGCACAGUGAAAGGUGAUGGGAUGGGCCUUUUGCUGUCACAUGACGACAGGAGGGCUAGCUCUGGGUCCAACGGAUUUUGCACUUGGCCAGGUCCACCUCUCUGCUCUGGAGGAUACCUCUAUCUGCCAGCAGAAGCUUCCCACUAGCCAGGUGCACUGGAGCAUUCUGAUAGAGCUGCACAGAGGGGAAUCUCCACCUCAUUCAAACCCCAUUCAGCAUGGUAGAUCCAGGAUUUAGAAUGCUAAGUAAGAACCUUCCAAAAUUACUAGAAAAUAAAAGUUUGUAUGAAAACUUCUAGCCACAACUUGUGGAAAUAAAGGAAGGAAGCUGGCUCUUAACGUUUUAGAAUACCAUAUGUAGACAACUUUACAAGCCUUUCUGUUUUGUUCUGGAAAUGCUACAAACAAUAUUUCAUUCAGUAACAAAUAAGGUAACAAUCUUUCUUUACCAGUAAGCUUGCAAGUAUAAUGUUAUAGAAACCCUUGUCUUGGUUUCUGAAAAACUUACAUAUAUCAUUUAAGAAAAGACCUUCUGAGUCAGAUCACUGGUCAGUUUGUUUCUACUUGUAGCUGUAGCCUUAGAUUAAGUUUCUAACAGUGCAAGACACUUUGAAUAUUUUUAUCUCAACUGACAGCUAAUGUUGGGGGAGUCAUUGAGGUUCAUUUCAUCAGUUAAUUUCUUAUAGUUUUAAACAUCUUAAAUAUAAUGUUGUCAAUAUGUCAGCAGAGUGAGUCUCACAUUCCUGUAUUUUCCACUGGGGGUGGAAAUAGAAGUAAUGCUGAUUUACAAAACUGUCUUAGGAGUCAGAAACCUUCCAAAAUUUGGUUGAAAAAAUAAUAAUUAUAAAAAUACUACCAAUAUAAUCAUUAAACUUAAUAAAACAGUAAAAAAAGCCUAUAUCCAGUUGUUAUUUAUUAAAAGCUUGAACCAAUAAAAAAACAGUUAAGCAAAGCAGAAGAAAGCAUUCCAGGACCAGGGUACCGCUCCAGAAAAGGCUGUUUCGUUGGUUGCCACCUGUCCAACCUUUGAAGGCACAAGAAUCUCUCUCUCUCUCUCUGACUCAUCUGCCUUUAUUCAGUAAAUAAUUAUCAUUGAAAAAUAUUGAUUUGACAGAAUUGGAAAAUAUUGUUUGCACCAGAAGCUAAUAGCCAGGUAUAUUUUUUUGCUAUCAUAUGUAGGCAGUACAUCCUGAGUAUUUUGAGGACUAAGCAUUUGACUUAGUAUUACUAAGUAUGGUGUAGGUCUUGGAGAAAUUUUGUCCAAAGCACUUGUAUUCAUGCAUGUAUUAUGUAUCUCUUGUAUUUUGUGGAGGGAAGAGGAGAGGAAAAUUUGGCCUCUGAAUUUCCAAAUAUUUUAUAAUUUCCUGUUCAUAUAAACCAACUUUGUUAUCAUUUCUGAGUGUGUUCAAAUAAUUGUCUAUGAUCCUUGCUUUGUUAAGAAAAGUUUCUCACUCUUCUCAGACACAGAAAUGGGGGAAAUAAUGGGUCCUAAUUAAAGAGCUUGGAAUUAGAGGACAGCUUAAGGCAUAUAAUGAAUGUCAUGUUAAAAUAUUUACAGAUAAAUAUAGAUCAUAGUAUAAGCAGAAAUGUAAAUUGUAGUUAUAUAUUUUUCUUGAGAACUUCAAAUAAAUAUUCCUGAGGUUGUAAUGCAUACAUACAUGAUCAAUGUUUGAUAUUAAAUAUAUGUGUAUACACACACAUUUAUCUGACUAGCAUGUUAUGUAUUUUGCAUAUCACCUCAGAAAUACUUAUUAAAAAGGCUACAAGGUUAUUUGCAGACUGUUAGCUGUUUUUGUCUUGCAGAUUGGUUAUGUGGUGGCUCUAUCUUAACCUUCAUAAUAAUCUGGGUUUUCCCCUUUUUUCUUUCCCAGUUCUUCUGCUGUACUGACAGUAUUGCUACAAGGAAGUAUUUGUGAUUGACCACAAUGUGACACAGUGUAACCCACCAAAGGGAACCAAUUUUUACACCAAAUGGUAUGGUGAUUGUUCUGAAGCUAGAAUGUAUUUAUCAAGCAUCUGUCUUAGAAUCAUUCAACAAAAUGUAUUAAUUGCUGAGGUGAUUGCAGAUCUAUAUUUUAACUCUAGUAAUGUUGAAUAGUGUGUGCCACAUCUAGGUGGUUAUUUUUAUUUGCUAAAUGACAAGAGGGAGUAGUUUUAAACUGACUGUCUUGGAGAUUUAUGGGUCUUUUUUUAUAAAAAAAAUGAUAUUUAUUGAAAAGAUUUUUUAAAAUUACACAAAAAAAGACAAGACAGAAAUAAAAUAAAAUAAAACCAUCAUUCUCAAAUUCUCCACUUUCAAUACCUUCUUUCUUUGACCUCCUCCUCCUCCCUUUUCUUGUAUCCUGAUUAAUAAUAAUCGCAGCAAAUCCUUUCCAUAAUUCAUAGUAUUCUGUCAUUACAUUACCUUAAUCUAUUUUCAUCUUAUCUUAUAAAACCUUAAAGUUUAAAACUUAAAUCUUAUUUUUACCAACUUCUCCUAACCAUAACAUUCUUACCAAAUUCUUUAGACAUUUUUACAAGAGCCAAGUAAUUUCAUUUCAACAUUUUUCUAACAUUCAUCAAUUUUAUAGAACAAUCCUAAUGAUAAAAAAAAGAAAUAAACAAUCCAAUCUUCAUCCAGCGUCCCUUCCUCCUGGUCCCGGGUUUUGUCAGUCCUUUUUAUCCUAUUAAUCUAGCACAUUAACCUGGAAAUCUUAUAUCCGAGAUUUAUGGGUCUUCAGUAGCCUCUGCCUAAGCAGGUAACCAAACAGUGUCUCAUAGGAACAUAUCUGAUAGAACAUAUAAAUACUGCAUCCCUGACAUAAACCAUGGCUUAUGCACAUGAGGUCAUCUUGUGAACCUUACAGCUGAAUGACAUGUCUUCCUUGAUUACAAGAAGAGGCUCUGGGACAGUAUUUCCCUGUAAUUUCUGAUAAAGGUAUGAGUUGGACAGAAAAUAUAUGCUAAAAAUUUUUUGUAGUUUGAUUAAUUCAUCACAUUCUUUUAUGAUUUUAUAUGUUAUAUUGGCUUAACACCAAAUCUGUUAUUAUGCAUGUUACUACUAUGGAAAUUCCAAAUCUGCGGUUCUACAGCUCCUAUUUUGGAAAUAAGUUGUUUGCUGUCAAUAUGGUUAAAAAAUAAAUUAAAAAACUUUUUUUAAAAGAAAAAUAAAGUAGUUUAAUUAGUUGCUACUUUGUAUGACCCUGCUGCACGAGGACAGCCAGGAUCCCUAAGUGUUACUAUUAAAAUAAAUUGUCAUCAAGGCUGUGAAACAUAGGGCUUAGAAGGAAGGAUGAAUCCUGAGAAGUGCAAGCAGGGUGCAAGCACUCUUGCAGUGUGGCUUCCCAACUCCCUCUUCUCCACUGCAGUUAUCUGCAACCCUGAAAAUUCAUUCAUGAGGUUUGGGGGACUCUCUUCACUCAUACACAGAUUCUCCCCACCCACCCCAACUCCAAUCCCUUUAAAGAAGGGGAAUCUGUAGUGCUCCAUAUAUUGUUGGAUUCCAGUGUCCUUACUGGCUGGAACUGAUGGGAGUUAAGCAACAUAUGUUGGGGCCAGAUGUUUCUCUUCCCUGCUUUACAGCAUUGACCAUGGUACAGCAUUAUUUGGCAUUAAUGCCAACCAUGGUUAAUUUUAACCAGAAUGUGCAAACUUUAAUCCUUCUUUAAAAUUCAUGGGAGGAAGUUCAUAAAACCAAAGGGUACUCUCAAUCUCAUAACCUCUCCUUUUUUUAUUUUAUUUAAAUAUUGGUUAAUUUUGUAACCUCAUUGUUACAAAUACAGUGGAACCUCUACUUACAGAUGUAAUCAGUUCUGGAGGUCCAUCCAUAAGUCAAUCCGGGUCACUGGUAGACGUGCCGUUGUGCGCAGGCGCAAUUGGCAGCAGCGCACUUCUGUGCAUGUGUAGACAGCGGCGGCUGCAUCUACACAUGCGGAAACAGCGGAAGCUGCUUCUGCGCAUCUGCGAAUCACGGCAAACCCGGUAUUUACUUCCAGGUUUGCCACGGUCGCAACUUGGAUCAGGCCCAACUAGAGGCGGUCAUAAGUAGAGGUUCUACUGUAUGGAUUUUUCAGGAGACUGCAUUUUUAAAAAUUAAAAUUUAAGUAUUUACUUAUUUGAGGUUUGUGGUGACAGGACAUGUGCCAUCAUUGAGACCGACUGAAGUACAGCUGUUCAACCAGUGCAAUAAUGAUAAAAUGGGAUGAUGCACUAGCACACAAGUUCUUGUUUUCUUUUGUUUUGAUCUGAGUGAGUCUGUUGUCAGUUAUAGUUCAUAUUUGUACUUGUGGAAUGUUUAGUUUGGGCAUCCAGUUUUUCUACUUUUAGGCUGUGAUGUAUUUCAGAUAGCAUUCCUAAGCAAGUAUAUGGUAUUUGAAGUCAACUGAAGCAAGCAAUUAGUUUGAAAAUUUGUGUUUUUCUUUAAUACAGUACUGUAAUUUGUCUUUCAGAUCACUAA